AACACGCCAUACGGGGUUUUGUGGCGGGCAUUCCAUCGAUCGACAGUUGAGGGUCGAAGUCGUAAGAGCAAGAUAAAAAUUCUAAUCGUCCGUGGUUACUGUAACACCCAUUCUCUGCAAAGAUAUUCAGACAAUUACAACAAAUACUAUGGCAAACCAAAGAGCAACUAGUGACUGGUACUACGAUGCACCAUCUUAUAAUCAGUCACCUGUAAGUGCACCACCUGCAUCCCAGAUACCUGGACUCAGUCAUGCUGACAACUUGCCUUUAGAUCUGGAUGAGCAGAAUUUUAGCAAGAAAAAGGGACUAGUUGAUACUGACUCUGAGUACAUUCGGUUAGCGAAAGCUGGUGGCCAGAAAGGGCUUUUGUCAAUGGACAAACAAGCUGAUGAGUAUGAGAACAAGCCAAAACACUACAACAGAGUUAACUGGUUUGACCAUGUCCAUGCUGAUAAUGAGGAAAUACCAGUGGACAGGGUAUUCCAGUCUUCCAAGAGGCAUCACCAGCAAUCUGGGCCACAUCAAGUACUUCCUGAUUGGUUUGCUCAUGACCAUAGUAACGAGGAGACUCCAACACGUCCCCAGAAACAAUCAUCAAGCCACAAUCCCAUCAGCCAAGACAAUCUUAGUGCCUGGCAAAGGCAAAAUACAGAUGAUACCCGCUUCAGCAGAAAGAAGCACUGAGGUUCCAUUGGCAUCAAAGAAAUGACUGUGCCACAAUAAAUCCCUUGGCUGCAAAAACAGACAUUGUAUUAUAUUAAAAAGGAACUACCUAUAACUAGUUACAUUGUGUAUUAUAGAGUGCUUUUAGCAGGACAUGUGUGAAGUUGAGGGUUUUCUGAUGCUUGUAUAGGGUUUAAAAACACAAAACAUUGUUCAUUUUUUAAUACUUAAUUAUAGUUUUAUGAUUAAUAAAUUGAUAUGUGAUUUUUUUAUGUAUUAUUAAAAUCUGUUUUAAUUGUU